AUGGUAAAUGAAUUAGUUGCAGGUGGUUUCGGUAAAGGAAAUGAUCUUAAUCAACUUAAUAGUCCUACUUAUGUCUUUAUUGAUGAAGAUUAUUUUCUUUAUAUAUCAGAUGAACAGAAUCAUCGUGUAAUGAAAUGGACACGAAGUGCAAAAGUAGUUAUUAUUGUUGCUGGUGGAAAUGGUAAAAGAAAUGAUCUCAAACAAUUGAAUCAUCCUCAAGGAAUGAUUGUUGAUCAUUUGGGUCACAUCUAUGUGGCAGAUCGUUAUAAUCAUCGAAUAAUGCGUUGGUGUGAAGGAGAAGACGAAGGUGAAAUUGUUGUUGGUGGAAAUGGGGAAGGACGAAGACUCAAUCAAUUGAAGAAUCCCACUGGUCUAGCAUUUGAUGACGACGAGAACCUCUACGUUGCUGAUCAGAAGAAUGAUCGAAUAUUAAAAUUCGAAAAAAAUUUUGACUAA